AUGACAAUUUUCAAGUCUCGCCAGCCAGACAUCGAGGUGCCAACCCACCUCACGACCUGGGACUGGCUCUUCGACUCACCCUACUCGCCGCUGUCCCGCCUGGGCCGCGACCAGCUCGCCGGCUACACCGACGCCACGACGAACGAGACGCUCGACUGGGCGGCCGUCAAGACGCUGACGACGUACCUGUCGACGGCGCUGGUCCGCAAGCACGGCCUGCGCCCCGGCGAGACCGUCUCGCUCUUCAGCCAGAACUCGGUCUGGUACCCCGUCGUCAUGCACGGCGCGCUGCGGUACGGCGCGCGCGUCUCGGGCGCCAGCCCGGCCUACGGCGUCGACGAGAUGGCGUACGCCCUGCGCACGGCCAAGGCGAGGCUGCUGGUCACCGGUAAGGAGAGCUUGGGCGUUGCGGUGAAGGCGGCACAGAAGGCUGGAUUGGAGAAAGGGAGGGUGGUUUUGUUGGAGGGAGAGGCGGAGGGGUUCGAGACGGUGAAAGAACUGAUCGAGUGGGGAAGGAAGCAAGGAGAGAGCAAUCAGGUGCCGGCAUUCAAGAUUCCAGAGGGCAAGAAGAACGGUGACGUUUGCGGGUUCCUGAGCUUCAGUUCGGGGACGACCGGAUUGCCCAAGGCUGUCAUGAUUUCGCACAAAAACGUCAUCGCCCAAUGCCUCCAGGUGCAGCAGAUUACGACGGCCGACCACGACAAGGUGCUGGCGGUGCUGCCGUCGUUCCACAUCACCGGCCUCGUGCACGUCCUGCACCUGCCAGUUCUCAUCAACGCCGCCGUCAUCAUGCUGCCCUCGUUCACCAUGCGCUCGAUGCUGGCGGCCGUCGAGAAGCACCGCAUCGGCGAGCUGCUGCUCGUGCCGCCCAUCCUCAUCCGCCUGGUGCGCGACCCCGUCGUGGCCGAGUACGACCUGUCGUGCGUGCGCCGCUUCUCGUCAGGCGCAGCACCGCUAUCACCAGAGAUCCUACAGCAGCUACGCGACAAGUUCCCGGGAACGGGCUUCAAGCAGGGUUACGGCAUGACGGAGAGCUGCAGCUGCAUCACGGCGCACCCGCCCGACAAGUACGACUUCCGCCACGCGCACGCCGUCGGCACCAUCGUCGCCAGCACCGAGGUCAAGAUCGUCAGGCCCGACGGCAGCGCGGCCGGCGUGGGCGAGGCCGGCGAGAUCCUCGCCCGCGGCCCGCAGGUCGUCAUGGGCUACCUCGACAACGAGGCCGCCACGCGCGAGACGUUCGACGCCGACGGCUGGCUGCACACGGGCGACCAGGGCGCCGUCGACGCCGACGGCCUCGUCACCAUCACCGACCGCAUCAAGGAGAUGAUCAAGGUCAAGGGCGUCGGCGUCGCCCCCGCCGAGCUCGAGGACCUGCUGCUCGGCCACCCCAAAGUCGAGGACGUCGCCGUGCUCGGCGUGCCCGAUGACUACGCGGGCGAGGUGCCAAAGGCGUACAUCGUACUCAAGCCCGGUGUCGUCGUCGACGACUCGAAAGGGGGGGAUGAGGCGGCGGCGGCGGCGGUAGGUAGGGAGUUGCUGGCGUACGUGCGCGAGAACAAGGUACGCUACAAGAGAGUUAGGGAGAUUGAGCUCGUCGAUGAGAUACCGAAGAGCGCGAGUGGGAAGAUUUUGAGGAGGGUGCUGCGGGAUAGGGCUAAAAAGGAGGCUAGGGGCGUUGUCGUGAGGGAUGCCGUGGCAGAAAGGGCGAUGCUAUAG